GAGUACAGCGCUGGUGCUGAGCAUGGAAUAGACGUUAUCAAACCCAGCGGAGAUAUCCUUAAUUUCGCAUUCAUCAUGUUCUGCAUUACAGGAAGAGUACACUCUAAGACAUUUUAUAUUGACGUCAUUCACGGGCUGAUACAGUGAAAUGACAUUUUGUCGUCACUGUUGACCGCGUGGGAAUGUGUUGGACUGACUCCGUAUGCUUUAUGUAUCGGUGGCGCGAAAGUGUUGAACUGGAAACGAGGCAUCUCCUGACAAACAAGUGGACGUGCUUGAAUUUUUGAUUAUAUACCGCGCAGCGCAAAAUGUGCCGUAUCUGUCCUUGCCUCCCACGCACGGUCAGAUUCCCCAUCUUUUCUAGCGGGCCCUCGAACUCCUGACGCCGGAGCCACGCAAUCAGGGGGCUCAGUGGAGAGGCUGGGACGACACUGCGCGUUGUAGCAGGGUCCGAGCUCGGGACGGUGCACCUUUCCAAACGCUUCAGCCGGAAAGCGUGAGACCACCGAGAUGGCGGAGGACACCGACGGCCCCUCCUCCUCCUCCUCUUACUCCUGCCCGCCUCAGUUCGGGGUCCGCUCCUACCUUCAUCGCUUCUACGAAGAUUGUGCCGGGUACGGAGGGCCCGACCCUUCCAAUCCUCACGACAACCCCUACAUCUCCGAUGACUUUCGCUACCUCAUCAACCCCAAACCGAAGCGCUCAACCUACAUCUUCUGCAAGCUGGCGAUGGUGUGCGGGCUCAGCCUCCUUGCGUUCGGCGUCGUCGCCAUCUUAAUCGGCUACCUGAUCCCGCAACGUCCAGAGCUCGUGGGCUACCUGGGCGGCGUGCCAGUGGUGGAUUCAAGCGCGUCAGAUCUGAACGACAAACUGGAUGCAUGUAAGCUGACGGGCCUGAUUCUACUGUGCUUGGGCGGUGUGACGGUCGCCAUCUCCCUGCUCGUGCCCAGCUUCUUGCUGGGGUACAUGCAGAAGGAGAUGUUACUGCAGGAGGAUUUCAAGGACCGCAUUGCUGGCGAUCCCUUACUUGUGGGACCAGGAGGGUACGGCACCGUGGGCACGACUCCUCCCGUGUCCGGCUCGGGCUCGGGCAUCCCUGUCACCGAGCAGGUGAAGUCCGUCCAGCCGGGGGCACAGGACCCCAAGCCCGCCCCCACCCCCGCUGGGGAAGAAGACAGCCUCCUGGAUCACUAGAUAUCAUUAUUUUCGAAAACAUUCCAUAAUCUAGCGCAACAAUGCUGCAGGAAUAGCCACGCACAUUACUCGGAUUAUAUGUAUAUAGUAGACGGAGUAUAGUUUAACGUUAUAGAUGUGGUUGCCUUAGUGCGUGGCAUUGAAUGUAUUUUCGUGUUGAAGAUCACGUAGCCCAGAUAUAUAUCUUGACGAUGGUAUCUAUUUUCGGAAUUCAGCUCAUUAACGUCGUAUCAGCUACAAUGCAAUGUCACGUAUGAAGGGACCAAGAAGCGAUUGUCGAAGGUUGAUAUAUCUGAUAAUGAUAACGGGCGAUGGUUGUCGAAGUUGCAGUGUAAUGACAAACAAUAUAGACAUACGGGAUUAUCUAUUUAUGCACAUGUUGUGCUUGUGCAAAAAAAGUUCAAUAAUAUCAAUAAGUGCUAAAAAUGUCAGAUUUAAAGGGUCAAAAUCAUAAUUCACAUAGCUUGUGAUGACAUUGUGUUUACAUGAACUGAUAGAAAAGUAGAUAUCGAGUGCUGCCACAUAGCGAUAAAAACGGUUCAAUCUUGAAUCAGAGGUUAAGUUAUCUCCCAUAUCAUAUGAUUGUCAAAUUCAUAUUUUUGCGAACAUUUGUUUAUCGGCUAGGUUACCACAACUGCCAGCAUUAUGUCAAGUAUGCGGAUUGUCGAUUACUGGUAAAUAAACAGAUAUCUGUCCAAAAAUUAAAAGAUGACGAUAUUCA